UCUAAUUGUUCUUUUCAUGUGGUGUUUUUUCUCGCUUUCUAUUUUGGAUUCAAGUUUAUUAUUUAACAGUAUUUCGUUAACAUGUUAAAAUAAAUGACUAGCCUCCAUCUAGAUCUAAAUCUAGAUCUAGAUAGUUACUAGGCCUAUUGCUCUAUUUUCAACACUUCAACCAGUUAUUGAUCUCCUUAUAUAAAGAGCGCUAACGCCCGGAUGUUUGUAAACAACAAAAUAAAAUAGCGUUCUAAAAAUAGCACAGAUUAGUACACUAACUAGUCAGUGUUUAUUACAACUGAAAUAUUUCGGAAUAAAAUAACUCUGCCUACCAUCAUCUAGAUAUAAAUUACUUAAAUAAAAAACAAACAAAAAAAUAUUGAGAGCAAACUAAAACUUGUCAGUGGCUGGUGAAUCAAUAGGCUUUAAAAUCAGAUUAUCCAAAAACUGCAGUAUCUAAACAUAAAAAAACAACUGGAUCCAAAUUGUCAUUGAAAAAGGAACUAAUCAACACAACUAGUUUGUGUUUAAAGUGUGCAGUUGGAUGCAACAAUCAUGGGGUAUAUGUAUGUUGAGAAACAUUCAGAUACUUAUCUUCGUCUUCUUAGAGAACCCAGUUUUCUCUCCAAAGCUGUGUUUGUAGGAUUCUUUGUUGGUAUCAUUGGCAUUUUCCUCUUUGGGUCUGAGUCACUUAUCUUCAAAGUGCUUAUAGGGUUGUGUGCAGUUUGUCUAAGCUACUGUAUUGUUGAUAACUAUGAGAUUUGUGAGUUUGAUAAAACUGAAGCUGAGGUUAGAAUGACUCGCCUACACUGGUGUCAUUAUAUGCUGAUCAAACUUUUCUAUUUGGAAACUCCACCCUAUGUGAAAGCAAGGUUGGAGGAUGUAAGAGAUGUUCGUGUAGAGGAACAAGGGGGCCCUAGUGGAGGCAAAGCUUACCAAGUCAUUCUCUCCCUUGAAACUGGAAUACAGCUUGGCGUUACAGAAGUUUUUACAACGGAUGAUAUCAGCGAGCAUGAAAAGAUUGCAAACCUUAUUCGUUCUUUUAUUGGUGAUCUGCCACCUCUUCCCGUGGAUGAUGAAGCUGAUGACGAGGACGAGGAAGAGGUGACAUCUUCUGAAGAUGAUUUCGAACAGAUAUCAGAAGCUGAUUUGAUGGGGAUAGAGAAUGAUGGGGAAGAAAUGAAGGCUGCAGGGGAUGGAGCAACUAAUGUUUGUCCUGAAGAAAAAGAUCCAGAAUCAGAAGUAAACAAAGAAGAACCCAAUGAAUUGUCAAGUUGAGGGGCUGCUAUAGAUAGAAAUAUGUUUACGUUAGAUGGUGGUAAACUGAUUUAUUUUCUUCUAAAAUGAAGCAUCAUUUUCAAAGGUGGUAAAUCUGGCAAGUUCCAGUUACAUUUAUUGUAUUGGAGAUGACCAGACAAAAUAGGCGUACAGUUUUGUUUGUGGCAAUGAAGAUUUUCUACCAGUUUAAUGCUAUCUAAUUUUAAUAAUGCACCCAGAAAAUUACCUGUAAAAUUUAUUAGCCUUAUGGUAUAAUUUUUGUAUAGUGAUUUUGUUAUUAAAUUUUGUGGCCCUGGUGUAGAGUGUAUUUUUUUUAAAAACUGUUUAUUUACUCAUUGUUUUAUUAAAUACAUUUUAAAAUUGACAGUUCCUAUUUUCAAAUUGAAAUUAAUUACAUUAGGUAAUGCUAUUAAUGUGUGUUUGAUUGUAACCAUCUAGGUUAGUUACUAUCCUGUGACACUGGUUGAAUUUAAUUUUCUUUUCAACUUGGCCAGUUAGUAUCUCAAUAAAACCUGGACAGUUUGGAUCUCACAAAGUCCUUUAGAAACACAAUUUUUAAAAAUAUGCCUAGUAUAAAUAUAUUUAGUAGAUUCUAGAUUAUUUUUUUGCUGUUUUAAGCACAAUUUUUUGGUACUUCAUAAUCACUUGUACUUGUGUGUCUUUAAAUAUUCCAUGAUAUUCUAGAAAACAUUGAAAAAGAAUUAUUGGUGUUUUUCUUUGGUACUUUUAUCAGGAUCAUCUCAUAUUAUUCUGAUUUUUAAAAAUCUAAAAACAAAAUUUAGAAAUACUAAUUCUGAAUGUAAAUUUAUUUUCCUAAUGGUAACCAUAUUUUCACCAUUGCUCUCAAUAAAAUUUUAUUCUACCAUCAAUAUGGAAAACAAUAUUGAAGAUUGUGCCAUAUACCAUGAAAAGAAAGAACAAUUAUUCAAAUUCAUGGUUUUAAUACACACAAAUCAAGCUGUAAUAAAUGAUUAGAUGGUCACACAAUAUUUCCUAAGCCUGUACCAAGGCAAGUUGCAAGAUUUUGUGGACUAAUUUUGUAACAAAUAAUAAAUAAAGCAAUCCCAAUAUCUUAAUAUAUGAUCUGACUUUUAUUUUGCAUUUGUUUUGUUGUUUAUUGUUUUCAUUGAUUCUAAAUAUUGCUGAAUUUCUUUCAGAUUAUUUGAAAUUAAUGUGUAUGAUUGUCUUUGAAGAAAAAGAUAUUGAAUUAGCUGUAAGAAAUAUUAUAUAAUAGCACUAGAAAGGAACUUUACAGAUAGUUUUAUUACUAAAUGGAAAUUUCAAAAAUUCUAAAUCAUGAUAUUUUUAUUAACUGAGGUUCAAAUCAGCUCUAGAAGCAAGUAUAUUUUUGAAAAUAUUUAAGAGUUUGUAUUUUUUUUUGUUGACAAUUUGACAUUGACUUUUGAGUGUUGCUAGUCGUUUGUGUCAUACUGUUGAUAUGCUAUCAUUCAGUGGUUUAAAUUAUUUUUACUUUUAAUGCCUGAUUCAUUUCUUCUCUACACACAUUUUAAGAUUACAACUAACAGAGCAUUUUGUUGUGUAGGGCUUUAAGGCUAUUAAAGUAAAUUUUUAAGUACGUACUUAAUUAAGCUGUGAAUUUUUUUUUUUUUUAAAGAGAAUGUUUUCACCUAUGUCCUGUUGUAGAUUUAGCUCUUUGUUUAAUUAAAUAUUUUACUCUCUUUUUGACAAAGGUUUUGGGGUGUCACCUUUUUUUUAAAAAUUAUUUUUGCAAAGGGAAGUAGUUUUUACCAUUUUUAAAUGCUUUUUAAUCUCAUAUGGUGUAGUCUUUCACUAAAUUAACAUUAUUAAAUUUAGUCUAAUCAGAAUUCUUUUUAGUUCAAUAUUAUGAUCUGAGUUCAGCAUGUUUUUUCCAAAAGUCAAAUUGUUCACACAUACAGUUAAUUUUCAUCACUUAUAAAAAUUCAAAGUUUGGAUUAUAGUUAAAUAAAAACAACUGCCAUUACUUGAAAAUGAAUUACCUUUCUUUAAUUAUUUGCAAGCCUGCAUCAAAUAAAAAUACACUAGCAAUAGCAUUAAGAUGGCAGCCCAUUUACUUUAAGAAAUACCGUUAUUACAAUUGUUAAACAAUAAAAUGUUGUUACAAAUUAAGAUUAUUUCCAAAAAUCAAUAUUGUAUACUGAUUGCAAUCUUUUUUAUUUUGUUAAGAAACCUGAUUUUUACACUUUUUACAGCUAUAAAGAUUUUCUCAAACCUGCGGUUCAGUAUUUGUUUUGUGUAAAUAAAUUUAACAACAAUUUAGGAAACAAACAAAAAUUUGAAAAUUCUGACCUUUACAGUCAAACCUCAAUUUUUUUUAAAAUUAAUUAUUGUGAUGAAAUUCUUUUUCAAUUUCAUUCAUUUGUACAUUUUUAUAUCAUAAUAAAAGUUGAUUCACUUU